AUGGAAAAGGAGAUAAUCAGCCGAUAUCCGGCUUUCGCUAAGGAAAACAUAACGCGAACCUACGAGCUACCGUAUCUGGACGAACCGCCAGGAGGUGGCAUCGUCGGUGGAAGGAUAAGAGUGCUAUCCAGUACAGCUAUAAAUAACGUAACCUACCUAUCCGAAAAUGAAAUACUGAGUAAUUCCAGCGUUGAGUUUGAAUGGUCCAACGACACCAUAACAAAUUCAACAUUUGCAACAACAAUAGCAAGAUUUGAGUCGAUAGAUAACACAACAGACGUGGACAACUACACAUUGAUAUCCAAUCUCUUUGUCUUCGACGAUCUCAAUGAGUACAUAAAAAGAUUGAAUUACAGUGUAUUGAAUCUCACCACUUACUACGACUCUGGAAUAGGUCUCAAUUCGACGAAAGUUAAUGACACAUGUGGCGCGACUAAUGAAACUAGUGAUGUUAAUUCCGAGUGCAAUGCUAGUCAGGAGAAGUCCUCGGUUAACAACUGGUGGGCUUUGAUUCUCGUUAUUGUACCGUGUUUAACGCUGUUCGGAAAUGUACUCGUUAUACUUGCUGUUUUUGGCACUUGCUGA